AUGUCAAAGCUCUCCAAGUUGAGGCGCCCAGCUCCCACGCCUCAUUUCAAGCCCACCCCUCCUCUCGAAGAUUCUCAAGGGGGGAAACGCGUCUUUUCAAGCAUCAUCGUCGCGCCCUCAUUUGGAAACCACAGAAUGUGCAAUCAUAUCAUUCCUGAUGCUGGAGACAAAUGGGAGAAGCCAAUGUUCAUUAUUUUCCCAGACGGAGAGCCGAUGGUAGGCUUGAUGGUCGGCGAAACUACUGUCCUCCCUGCCAGGAGGCUAAGCAGAGUCCUAUACGGAAGGAAGGAAAGGGAGUUAAAUAGACCAUUGUCCUAA